CAGACUCAGCUCACAAACAUGCGGACACUGUUCAGAGACGUGGUGAAAACCUGCUGGAACGGAACCAGAACCCGAUCCAGAGAAGGUUCUGGCUGGUCUGAGUUUGGAGCAGAAGGUCUGAGAUGUUCCUGCAGCAGCUGCUGGUGGUCCUGCUGAUUUCCCAGCAUGCCUUGGGGCUCCAGGUGUUUGAGGGGGAGGAGUCUGUCCUGCUGCCCUGUCAGGUCAAACCUUCUGUGUCCAGUGGUUCUACAACAGUUUGGGACAGAGACGACUUCCGGAUCCCCACGGUCCAUGUUCGUGAGCCGGCUGGGGAUUAUCUGAAGGACCAGAACCAGCGUUAUGAAGGUCGGACCUCAAUGAUGGAGGACGCUCUGCAGACCGGAGACCUCAGUCUGACUCUGAGGAAACCCACCUUCACCGACAGCGGGAACUUCACCUGCACCGUCCGCAGGAUGGGAGAAGAUCUGCACCAAGAAACUGUGGAGCUGCAGGUCAAAGAUCCUCCUCCUCCUGUCUGGCCCUGGGUUCUGCUUGGGGUUCUGAUCCCCAUAGUUCUGCUGGUUGGUGCAGCUGCUGUUUGGUACUACAGAUGGAAAAAGAAGCACACAGCAGUGCUUCAGUCUGAGACAGUGGAGAUCAGAGAGGGGGUGAAGUCUGUCCUGCUGCCCCUAAAAGCCAACAGAACCUUUCCCCAGGGUGUCAGAGUGGAGUGGACCCGUUCUGACCAGAACAUCAGAAUCCAUGUGUUUGAGAACGGCCAGACCCAGCCUGAGGAACAGGAGAAAAUCUAUGAAGGAAGAACAAAGAUGAGAGCAGAACCUCUGACUACAGGAGACCUCAGUCUGACUCUGAAGAGACCCCAGCUGGAGGACAAUGGGGACUAUGAAUGUAUCGUCUACAGAGGAGGAGACCUGCUGCUGAAGAAAACGGUGACCCUGAAGGUCAAAGUCUGCUCCGAUUCCUGGCCGCAAAAGAACAUGCAAGUCCUCCGCUCCCCCCGCCAAGCGCAGCAGAGGGCGUCCCAGAUCUAUCCCAGCAACAGCCACCGCUACGCCCGCUCCUUCUCAUCGUUUCGAUGCAAGCCUUGGACCCUCUUCAGCUUCUCGAUCCAUAGCAGCUCCCCCGACUAA